GAUGCAUAUUGGCUCCGCGAGAGGACGACGAGUCUCUUUCCAGGCGGUUCUCUCAGAGCAAGAAGGCGAUUCCUCCCGGACUGGUGGAGGACUGGAGGACUUAAACCGAACCCAUCCUGGACCCGGGGCGCUGCAGGGGGUCCGAGCAGCAGCAGCACUCAAGACCGGACCAGAGGCUCACAGAGGAACGAUAUUAUUGACGCGUUUAGUGGUCGUUCGUUAUUUGGUUGCUAUUAUUCUUUUGCGUUUGUUAUCUCAGCCGUGCGUCACGACGCAUGGACGGAGAGGUUACAUCAAAGUUUAUCGCAUAAAAAAGGAGAGAGAAGAAAAGUGAUUUACAGUCAGAGGGAAGGACAUGGGUCAAUGUACCGGUGUGAGGGCGAUUCUGCUCCACGCCAGCUGGGUCUGGAUCCUGGGGGGCUUUGGAGCGACCAGUUUGACUCGUGGACUGGACACGUCUGGCUCAGAGUGUCCGGAGAACCACAUCCAGACAGUGGAGUACCCGUGCUCCCGGGCGCAGGGGAAGAACAGCACCUGCUACAGGAGGAAAUGCUGCCAGGGCUUCCGGUUUGUCAUGGGCCAGUGUUUACCUGAAGGUGUGGACGUGUGCGCGGGCUCUCCCUGUGAACAGCAAUGCACCGACAACUUUGGACGGGUGGUCUGCACGUGUUACCUUGGUUACCGUUUUGACAGAGAGAGACAUCGGACCCACCAAUCUCCUUACUGCCUGGACAUUGAUGAGUGUGAGGAGUCAAACAGUGACGUGUGUGACCACGAGUGUGUGAACACCAUGGGGAGUUUCCAGUGCCACUGUCGCGUCGGCUACAUCCUAGCGCCAGACCAACGCUCCUGUGUGCCAAGACACAACCUGAACUCCUCUGGGAAGUCGGACCCCCUGAUGAGCACCAGCUCCUGCUCCUUCACCUGCCAGGACUUCGUCAGCAUGAAGAGCAGCAUCCUGCAGCUCAGGCUGCAGGUGGGCAGCAGCCAGCAGGUGCCUGGCUUCCCGAUCAGCAGUAACAAGCCGUCCCCGCCUCGAGGGGCCAAAGGUCACGACGGCCCCUGUCCUCCAGGGCCGGUUGGCCCUCCAGGAGCCCCUGGUGUCCCAGGACACCCCGGGGAGCCCGGUCAGAGGGGGGAGCCGGGGGGCCGGGGGCCGAUGGGAGUCCAGGGCCCCGGGGGCCAGAUGGGUCCGAUGGGUCCGAAGCCCGACCUGAACCACGUCAAGAGGGGUCGCAGGGGUCCCGUGGGAUCUCCCGGCGCUCCAGGGAACAGCGGACUGAAGGGCGAGAGAGGAGCACCUGGCCCCAGAGGUCCGCCUGGCUCGCCCGGCUCCUUUGACUUCCUGUUGCUGAUGAUGGCCGACAUCCGUAACGACAUCAUUGAGCUGCAGGAGCAGGUCUUCGGGGGGAGGCGGGGCCUGUCCCUGGACGGCCCGCCCCUCUCCAGCAGGGAGGCGGACCACCCCGACUGGGGCUCGGGACAGGACGACCUUGUGCUGCGCAGCUGACCCCCGCGUGAAGCCCCGCCCCCCCUCCCCUCCCGUCUGGCACCUGUCACUCCAACCGAACUUAAAACGGGCUGCUCAGAGCAACGAUGGAGACCCUAAAUAAUAAUAUUAAUAAUAAUAAUAACAAUAGUGGAUAAUGGUUGAACCUCACAGCAGGUAGUGGAAGAGGUAGUGGAGCAGGAAGUGGAGGAGGAAGUGGAAGAGGAAGUGGAGGACGCGACCACGAUGGAUGGGGAGAGGUGAAGAUAGCGAGAGGAGUGCGAUGAGGGGCACCAGACGUCCAGGGGAGAUGGUGUAAACACGUGGUGACCCCAAUGCGACCCUGACCCCGUCUAGCCUCGCUGUCUCGUCUCCUGGAGCCUGUCAUGACGGCUGCGGAGAGCGUGAGCCAGGAGGAAGACGAGGAGGAGGAGGAGCAGGAUGACGAGGAGGAAGAGGAGCUAGCCGCGCAGCUUGCCGUAGCCUCUGGGAGCAGAGCGGCUUCACACAGAGCCGCUAUCGUCAGCAUCUCUGCCCCUCCUGCCCACUGCUGGCUGAGGAAGGGGGUCUGACUGUGAGGGACCCCGAGGUCUGUCUGGGGAACCCAGGGCCAGCGCUGACCAUUUCGGUGCCCUAGGCGACCUUCUCCGUUCCGUUUGGGAACAUGUUGGUUUCAUUUCGCUUGUUUCGUAUAUUUGUGUUAAUUAAUUAAGGUGGCGCCCCCAACACAUUUGCCGCCCUAGGCGAUCGCCUAGGUCGCCUAUGCCGAGCGCCGGCCCUGGGGGAUCCCAUCCCUGGGACUCGGACUCUGUCACAGCUCUGGUUUCCAUGCCAACCUCCUCCUCUCCCCCAUCCCCCCCAGAGCCCUGGGGACCCUACAAACCGAACCCUGUACCCUCUUUAAAGACGCUGACCGCCAGGACGCCGCCAUGUUUUUGAUAUUGUAUAAUAUUGUAUAGAAAGUUCAAGUGUACUUUAUUUUGUUAUUGAGGUCAUUUGUUCCUCUUUCAACCUGUGAUUUAUCCGUGAAAAUAUAUUUUUUGUACCAAAAUGAUAAUAUAAACUUUACAUUUUCGGAAA